CACGUUUUUAAAUUUCCAAACGUAAACACGAGUGUUGUAGUGGAACAAUUGUUCACAUAGUAGCCCAUUUAUACAAAAUUCCAAUGCUGGGAAACGAUGAUAGCGACGAGGAUUUUAACUUUGAUUUAGAUGAAGUUGUAAAAUUAGCAACUCAACAGAAUGUCAAAGAAACAGUUGUAUCCAAUCACAAGGCUAAAGAACUCCUUCACACAAGUCAGCUACCAAAAAAUGAUACUGGCGAAGAUUGGGGGAAUGAUGAUGACAUAUUUGAUGAAAUUUUGGAAGCAGAAAAUAUGGGAGAGGUUUCCCAUUCUUCGAAGACCUCACAACAAGACCAUGCUCCUUCAAUUUUAAGAGAAAAAUUGGUUCAUCAGUGUGCAACAAGAAAAGUCUUGGACCAUACCAUAAACUCCCAAGAAAGCAUGUACAACCCUCAAGAAAUUACAACAAAUGUAAAUGUUCAUGAAAAACCAGUUCAUAAAAUCAUGGAAAAGGGUGCAGCAAAAUUCCCAGGUCCUGCCGGUCUUCUUAGUCUUACGGAAAAUAAACCAAAAGGAAAAGAGACAAAGACCAAUCUUCAGAGCAUGGGCAAUAUGGAUGGCCUUUGUUGUUGGGAUAAGGCAUUGUCUCUAUUGAGGUUGAAGAGCUCUUGGGAAAGUAAUAAGAUGAACUUACAAAUGGUAAAAAAGACUAUUGCUCCAACUGCAGUGUACCUGACUGCACCCUUACUGGUAGUGGGUGUUUUAAGGAUCGAAGUGGCACCAAUUAUUUCACAUGACGUCAGUUGUGUCCUUCAAGAUCCAACGGGCGAAGUGAAAGGACGAAUUCUUCAAGAUGUUAUUACAGAUUAUGGAAAGUUGAUUCGAGUGGGGAGCAUUCUUGUGUUGCGCCGACCAAGUGUUCUUCAGAUGGUUCCAAGUUGCUUCGUCACCGUUACCAAAAAGUGUUUGAUCGGAAUUUUUUCGUCGCAAAACAAUGAGAUUACCCAAUUGCAAAAAUUUGCAAAAGAAGAUCUCAUUACGUGGCUUACGGAACCGGUUGUUUAUGGUGAUCCGGUAAUGACUGGGGAGGAAGCCAAAGAAGCUGAGGAAACCCCACUCACGUUAUUUACUUCGGCUGCUUCAGCAUUUGCAGCCACGUCAGCAAUCCGACCGGGGGCUACUGCCAGCACCCACAAGCCAUACGAACGACCUUCCACCUCAUCCAAUUACAACCGCCCGAGAGCACCAGUAAAUCCGACACCUCGGCCUGUAAUGAAUGCGACGCCUCGGCCAGCAAUAAAGCCUCGGCUACCAAUCAGCUCCACGCCAAGACCAUCGCAUAAUUCAAUUGGGCAAUCUUCUCGGCCGCCAACUAGUAACAGCAAUCAAUUCAGUUACAAAUCACCAUCAGCAAUUAUUUCGACACCUCGGCCUGCACCUUACGCUCCGCCCACUAGAUCGUCGCCCGUCCCCGAUGCCACUCCUACCAUUCCAGCACAAGCCAAAACAUGUGGAAACGCUACGGACGAUCAUUUUCUGUCCCAGUUUCUCCAGGGAGUCGAUACGGACUCGUUGUUCGAUGAUUUUUAACCGCCAUGUCAUGCAAUGAAUUAUUAUUGAAAAAAAAUUCUUGAAAUAUCCUUGAAACGUUUUCGAUAGAGAUGAGUUUUUGUUAUGAGAUUACAGAAAACAAGGGUGAAACAAUGAAAUCCAUCAAGUUUUUGCUUUCCAAGUCAUUGUUUUUAUUGGUUUGCAUAAUUGAACUGCAUCGACAUAACAUCAUCAUGUAUUUAUAAUUUUUUGUAUGUUAUAAAAAGGCGAAAAAAGGGGUGUGGGAGCGGGCCGGAGGGAUCACUACAGAAUUCGCAUAGAUAGGCGCGGUUGUACGACAAUUCUAUAAUUGCAUCCAAAGUCAUCAGUCGCGUGGGAAUCACGUGCGACACAUCAUCAAAACACAUCCCUUUUUUUUUGUAAUUAUUUCUUAUUUACUUUUUCUUUCUUUCUUUCCUAAUGCUCUGUGUAAUCUCUUUGCAUCACGUCUUUCUAGCUUGAGACGUUCGACGAGAGAGUGGCUGAGGCUGAUACGGGGGCGGUGACAUUAAGAGAAGGGAAAAUGACAAAAGAAAUAAUAAGAAAGAAAGAAGAAAAACAAAACAAAAAAAAAAAAAGGCCUGAGGAUCACAAUAGAUUCUCAUCGUCUACUCAUCGCCCGAAAGUUGACAGAAAAUGUUUUGCAUCCAAUUUCGCGUGUUUUUCUUUCUUAAAACUUUGUAAAAAUACAAAAAAAAGGUGGGAAGCCGAAGGAUUCGUUUUUUUCUUUCUUUCUUCCCUCUCUCAACAUGCUUUUUAAUUAAGAAGCGGGAACGAAACGUUAUGAAAGAGGCUCGAGUAUUGGCAGGAUUUUCGCUUUACUUCCUUUUUUUUUUUUCAACAACAACAACAACAAAACCCCCCCCUUUCAAAUGUGUGUCUUUGUGUGCACUGACGAGCCGAAAAAAAAAUAACGUGAAUUCAUCUAAUCAAACGAAUUUUUCUCGUGAACAAGGGGAAUAGACAAAGAGGACGACGAAGACGAACAAGAAAAAAAAAGGCACUUUUUUUUUUU